AAUAAGUGGCGGCAGCUCCGCAAGCAGCAUUUACGCGUGGAACGUGGUGGAACGUUAGUUCGUAAGUUUGGUUCCUUAGAAGACUAAUUUAGUCGAAUAGGUCCCACAAGAGAAAAGGAAGGUCAGACGAGCUUCAAAACACGCAAUAGGAAGUCAUUCGGUGACCGUAAUUUUCACCUGUGGAGUUUCACUUCUAACCUGAAUUCACCGCUGGGCUUGCUUCUAAUAGUAGCGCAUCUGUCCUCGAGGCACAUCAUAUUUUCUUGGCUUAAAGAUACGGAUACGACGAAAGCAGACUUGUGAGAAGUUACAUUUUAAACGAUAUCGUCUUUAUUUCUUCAAUAUAACUAUUAAUAUCAAUUGUCAAGAAAGUAUUAGACGAACGUAACGAUAUUUGGACAGCACCGUUUGAUCAACCGGUAUCACGUGUACCUCCGAUUCGUACUCAAAGUAUUCUUUAAUCACGUAUUGUCAUGAGCAUACAAUUUUAAUGAUCGCACAAGGAGAACGGUACGUCCAAGAAAAUUUAUAUAAACACGAGAAAGAAAAUCUUCAAGGAAUCACAAGUAGGAACAAAGUUUGAUUGACAUUAAAAAUCAUGUGGCCAAAAGAUGUUGGUAUCAGGGCACUGGAAGUGUACUUUCCUGCUCAAUAUGUUGACCAAGCAGAGCUCGAACAAUUCGAUGGUGUGGCUGCUGGAAAGUACACUAUUGGAUUGGGUCAGAGCAAGAUGGGUUUCUGCAAUGACCGUGAAGACAUUAAUUCGUUGUGUUUGACAGUGGUACAUCGAUUGAUGGAUAGGUAUGCCAUAAAGCCAAAGGAUAUCGGUAGAUUAGAAGUUGGAACAGAAACAAUAAUAGACAAAAGCAAGUCUGUUAAGUCUGUUCUUAUGCAGCUGUUUGAACCAUACGGUUGUACCGACAUGGAAGGAGUGGAUUCUACCAAUGCAUGCUAUGGAGGUACAGCUGCCCUUUUCAAUGCUGUGUCUUGGGUAGAAAGCAGUGCUUGGGAUGGGAGAUUAGCUUUAGUUGUUGCUGGUGACAAUGCGGUCUAUUCUUCUGGAAGUGCUAGACCGACUGGUGGAGCUGGAGCAGUAGCAAUGAUAGUUGGUCCAGAUGCACCUUUGGUAAUCGAUCGUGGAAUAAGAUCAUCAUAUAUGAAACAUGCCUAUGAUUUUUACAAACCGAAUCUAAAAUCAGAGUAUCCUAUUGUCGAUGGAAAAUUAUCUAUUGAAUGUUAUUUCAGUGCUGUGGAUAAUUGUUAUCAAACUUAUUGUGAGAAAGUUAAAAAAAAGUAUAAAAAGAGUGUUACUAUAGAUAGUUUUGAUGCAUUUUUGUUCCAUUGUCCAUUUUGUAAAUUAGUACAAAAAUCAUUUGGCAGACUAGCCUUCAAUGAUUUCUUGAACACACCUAAAGACAAAGUGUCUGAGAAAUAUCCAGAAUUAGUAAAGUUUCACAAUCUUAAGCUUGAAGAUACUUAUUCUGACAAAGAUAUUGAAAAAGCAUUUGUAAGUUUGAGUAAGGCAAACUUUACUCAAAAAACAGAACCUUCUUUAUUUUUAGCAAAUCAAGUUGGAAACAUGUAUACACCAUCUGUAUAUUCUGGAUUAGCAUCCUUACUUAUUAAUAGACCUAUAAAAGAAUUAGCAGGUGCUAAAGUAGGAGUAUUUUCUUAUGGUUCAGGGUUUUGUUCUACUAUGUAUUCUAUAACAAUAACAAAAGAAGCAGAAGAAGGGUCUAGCUUAAUGAAGAUAAUCUCGUCACUUUCAUACAUAAAACCACAAUUAAACGCUCGUCAAAAAGUUUCUCCGGUUGACUAUACAAAGGUGUUAGAAUGGAGAGAACAAAAUUGUCAUACUGUACCAUUCAGCCCUCAAAGUAGCAUUGCUACCUUGUUCCCAGGAACAUACUAUCUUGAAAAAGUGGAUGAAAAAUACAGAAGGACUUACAAGAGAGUAUGAAACUGAUAGUAAUUAUCAGUAUUUAGUUUAUUGGUAGUUAAUUUACUUAAUGUGGUAACAAAAAAUUAAUCAGGGGCCUGAACAAUCAUUGAAUAAAAAUCUUAAUGGUGUGUAACAACGUUUAUUUAUAUAAUUUAAAAAUGUACUAUCGAAUUGAUACUUUCUUAGUGCCAAGGAACAAUAAAAAAUUGUACCUACAUGCACUAGAACUAAUGUGACUAUGCAUAAGCUUAGCUUUUAAAUUAAUUUGUAAAUUAAAAACAAAUGAUUUUUAACACACAUACAGAGAUUUUAUAAAGAAUGCAAUGUAAAAAUAUAGUAAAUUUUAUUGUUAUUCCUACAAGAGAUAUCUGUUUUAUAUGUUGUAUUAUGUAUAUUUUAUAUAUUUAAUGAAAAAAUAAUAAAACCUAUGCAUUUUAUUAUUAUGGAGGAAAUAUUAAUACAUGAAUAAAUUUAUAUUAUAUUGAUA